AUGUCUGAUGGCAGUCAACGGUACAGCGACGACUCUGGAAGCUCGCAAAAAGACGAGCCUCUGGCCACCAGCUCUGACAGCUACAAAUCACAGUCGGACAAGCGUCUCCAUGGCAAAUCAGAUAAAAUGGCGACCUCGAAUCCUUUUGCAGCGCCAGUCGCAACCACACCGGACAAUCAGAGCCUCGAGGAGGAGGAGCUGCCCACCCCUGCGCUCUGUACCUCCCUUUCGCCCUCUUCGGCUCCUCCCUUUCACAUGCCGCCCUGUUCGACAGUCGCCAAUCACGAGCAUCACAUGUUCAUGAUGCCCUCGGAGGUCCAUCUCAUUCGUCAGCACCAUCAACACGUGGUAGACACCAGUUCUGAGUGCAUGACGCUGCAUCUGCAAUUGUCAGGUCGAGCAGAAGCGACUGUCGAGCAGCACUUGAUGUCGGCUCCGACGACCGUUUCAGCCGAACACGCAACUCUUCUGCCGCCCUCAACGUCCCUUCCACAACCGUCACAACUGCCACGACCUCCACAACCGCCACGACCUCCACAACCGCCACAACCAUCACGACCGUCACGAUCGUCACAAUCGACACAAGCAACACAGUCAAUCCUGUCGCCAACUCAACAGUCUCUACAACUACACACACCCCUUUUGAUGAUCCCACCGCCCAAUAGACCCAGCGCAGACGAGAUCAGGCGGCCAACUGUCCUAUCACCCACGCAUUUAUCCUCAUCGCAGCCGCUCACCUCCCACAUAAGCCAAUCACUCAAUCAACAGACAUCGUUUGACGACCAGACUCUGCUGCUGCUGGACGAUUCCCCUCUUCCCUUGUCCCAUCUUCCCAGCACAACUCCAUCCCCUAACAUGCCAUUUCAAGCGCCCAUUUACUCCCAUCCAUUU